AGCAGCAGCUGCGGAUAGAACACCACCCCACCCCCCCGAUCAAAAUUGCAUUUAAGCUUACUUUUGUUCCACAAUAGCAGCUGUUUCCCCCUACCUUCCCCCACCCACUAGUAUUUCUUAUCUGAAGCUUAAUCGCCCACUCGAAUUAAAUAAUACUCCUGUACUUACGAAAUCAGUGUUUAGUUCGAAACAUAUCAAAAGCUAAUUGUUGAAAUUGUUGAGAUAGCGAAAUACGGAAUAUUUUUAAAGUUUUAUAAAGCACAUUUUGGCCUAUGUGCGCUGCAACAUUUCUUCGUCGUUCCGUUGAGACGUUGCCCUAGACGACCGAAGAGCCAUGGAUAGCUUGGAUAACGACCAGGAGGAGCUGCGCCACCAGCCGCGGGUCACCAUGUCGUUCGGCAGUGUGGCCUCGAGUCCGGGCGUCCAGGAUUCCCAUUCCCAGUAUGCCAUGUACUAUAAUCAGCAGCGGGACUCGCUUUCAGAUAGCUACAUGCUAAUGACGCCGUUCCUCUCCGGACCGCAGACCCACACCCAUACCCAUUCACAUACCCACAAUCAUUCGCCGUCCACUUUUACCGCCCUGGUGGCGCCACGCCGCGAGAUGGCCUCCACAUCGGGUUUCGAGGCCAUGACCGGAAGGUGCGACAAGUGCAGUUCGCUGGCCGGACUCUGCCGCUGUCAAUCGGUGGCCAGCAGCAGCAGCAGCAGCAGUAGCAGCAGUCGCUAUGCGGACUCCUCCACCCAGGGCCAGGCCCAGGCCCAGUUCCUGGAGCAGCCCUCCUCCUCCACUACGGCCACGGCAACCGGCAAUCUGCCUGUGGCCAAUGCCCAUGCCAUUCCACGCCCCAAGCGAAAGAAGACUGAACCGCUGAACGUAGAACAGGACGUUGACAAUGCCGGCGACGCAGUGGUGGCCUCCAUCAGCAGCGGAACAUGGCCAGCCGGCGCCAUGGAGGAGCAUGCCAUGGACGCCACAGCGGUGGUCUACGAGCUGCCAACCAGUUCGCUGCAGCUGAGCAACAGCUCCUUUGACACCACGCCAAGUGGCGUGAACGCGUACGACGAUGUGACCUCCAGUGCCUCGGAUACGGAGCACGGCCAGUUCGCCCACACGCGCACCACCAACACUACGACGACCACGUCGGCGGUGCAGGCGCACAAAAAGAAGGCGAACCGCUCCAGCGAUGCCUCAAACUCGUCAUCCGCCGGUGCCGUGGACGUGGAUGCAACGCCGAGCACGAGUGCACAGUCGCGAUGUCGACGGCAGAUAAAUCACUUCUCGUAUCGCAGCGCAAGAGUGGUGGAGCCGGAAAACGAGAGCAGCGACGAUGGCUGGGAUCUGCGGGUGCACAAUGCCCCAGCUCCCGCCAUUGAGCCCACAGUCACGAUUAUCCGAGGCAGCAGGGGAUCCAUUGAUACGGAUGCAGGGCAUACGGAUCACACCUACUUCAAUAGUCGACGCUCUGUGGCUGGAGCUCCGCCGGACAGCACCUAUAUGCGGCCAGCCUCCUGCUCCACGGCCACGCACACAACGCGCAGUGUGGAUUAUGGAUCGCAAUUUAGUCAGAGAUCCGUGGAGCCACCUGCUGCUGCUCCAUCGCCGUCCACAACCUCUGACCAGGAACACGACCAGCAGCAUCAGCGUCUGCCGGCCAACCUGGAGCAGUUGGAGAGCAGGCCAGAGCAGUGUCAGGAGGAGCCCCCUGGCCAGGUCAUGGACAGAAUGUUCGGCUCGCGCUGCAACUCCGGCAUAGCGUGGAGUAGGGUGCGCCCCACGGACGACGCAGUGCCGCCCAGGAAGCAGCCACGAUUGGAACUGGCAGGGAGGUCGCCACCCAGCUCCUCCACCAAACUGUCGCCCACGAACUACAAUUCGUUUCAGCCGGGUAGGAGCCGGCAUCGCACCUAUGCGGAGCAGGGCAGCAGUGCUGGCCAGCCUAAUCUCAUCUCGCUGCCACAAUCCUCGACGCCAAAUGCGAAUGGACCCCGUGUGAUCACUUUCGUGGGUCGCCCCAGGGAGCGGCAAUCCUCCGUGGAGCUAAGCAAUCUUCCGUCCACUUCCACGGGCAGGCGUGGCGAUGCCGCCGUCGUUCUGACUGCUCCCGAUUUGCAACUGGACGACUGGUCAUCGGACUCCAACGACGACGACGAUGACGUGGUGUUCGUGCACUCCACCCGCGAGCCCAUUCUCUCGAUCGAUUUGACCUCGGACGACGAUGGCCUGGCCAAUGAGGCUCAACUGCAGCGGGAUAGGGAGCGAAGACGCGAACGGGAGCGUGAGAGGAACCGGGAACGUGAGCGGUAUCGAAACGAUGGUCACCAACUCAACCAGGAGGAUGCAGGCGAUGAGAGAAGGCCCAUAUUCAACUAUGCCUACAGCCUGCCCUAUGCUCGCAGGUCAGAUCGCCGGCAGGAGGCGAACAGCGAUGGCACCUCCGCCUUCGCCUUUUACAGCGGCGCUCUGGCGGAUCGCGUCGCCAUCUCGGACCACAACUACAGCUAUGAGCUGGACCAGCUGAUGGAUCCCAGUGCCAGUCACUAUUAUCCGCCGCGCUGCUCGAGCAUGGAUCCUCAGCGCUACUUCCUGCCGAUCAACGAGCCAUCCAUGUGGAUGCAGGGCCAUCCACAGGCGCCACCACCACCACCACCACCACCGCCGCCACUGCCGCCGCAUUCGCUGCCAGAGAAUUCCUCCGCCGAGGCGUUCAUACGCCAUCAGCAGCGGGCACCCACCUCCACGCCAAGCAGUUCGGACGCUGGUGGCCAGUCAUCAUCGCAGCAGGCGCGCCGGAGGCGCAGCAGUCCGGCGAACGUCUACCACCGCUACCAUCCGUACUAUGUGCCCCACUACGCGAUCACAACGCUGCCCACCGUCAUGGAGGCGGACUACUCGCCCAGCCUCCAGCCACAUCCGCAUUUUCAGGGCGGUCAAGGCGGCAGCAGUCGCAGUUCGCUGAGCGGAGCUCUGAAUGCCGCUGCAGUGGCAGCGACGGCAGCGGCCGCACAGGCGCAAACAUUCAGUGAAAUGCUCUCGCAGGCGCACAACGAAGGACGAGCAGCGGCACUGGAGGCCAGGUUGGAUGGCAGCAGGACGCCGCCACAUGGCGUUGUGCACCAGCACCAGCAGCAGCAGCAGCGCCAGUCCAUCAAUCCGCCAGCGCCGGGAGCAGCAUCGAAUGGCAACCUGGGGGCAGCUGUUUCCCCGCCACCGCCCCUGGAAAUGUACUCCGGCCGCAGCACGAUCCCCUACUGUGGAUCUCCACCUUUCAGUGUGAGGCGCUCGGAGGCGGCCUAUAGCAAUCGGCAGCACUACCAGCCCCAGCCGCAUCAAGGUCACCAGGCGCCGCAGAACCAGAUGCAUGCCCACAUCCAUCCGCCGCAUCGGGCCAGUGCCAUAGUGGCCACAUCGCUGACCCCGGCACCACCGUAUCCAGUGCACCAGAAUCUGUGGUAUCGGCAGCAGAGCAUGCAGGAGAUGCACCGUCGCCACAUGACGCCCACGCCCAUUGAUCUCUCCUCGAAUGCUCCCCUGCUGACGAGCACCCUGCGCAACGGGUACCUGCACAGCAUCUGCAGCUGUGUACAUGCGCGGAAUGGUCCUGUCUCCAGUUUGGAUCCCGCCUACUAUCCGCCGUACGAUGCUGGGGCAGCGGCAGCUGCUCCUCCACCGCCACCACCUCAGCAGCAGGCAGCGGCCACAUCCGGGACUGCCAGUGGGGGCGGGGCACCACAACCGGGUCUGAGGCACAUGCAGCUCCAGCCUCAGCCGCAGCCGCAAGCCCAGCAAUCACCGCCGGUCAUGCAGCACCUGCAGCGGCAGCGGGCAAUCCAUCACCAUAUGUUUCACCAUCACUACUCGCCGCUGCAUCUGGAGAUCGGGCUGGCCACACCCCUCUCUCUGGGCUCCCGAAUCCUUAUCGGACCACCUCGUCCCAAUCGGGGAGCUACUUUGGAAACCAUUGAGCGGAAUACCUUGCCCCACAAGUACAGACGAGUUCGGCGACCCAGCGAAUCGGAUGAGGAUGCGGAAAAGUGUGCCAUCUGUCUGACCCUCUUUGAGAUCGAGAACGAUGUGCGCCGAUUGCCCUGCAUGCAUCUGUUCCACACGGACUGCGUGGAUCAGUGGCUGGUCACCAACAAGCACUGCCCCAUUUGUCGCGUCGACAUCGAAACCCACAUGGCCAAUGACGCACUGGCGCCCAGCUCCAGCGGCGUCACCGAUGCCGCCAAUACCGCCGCCUUAUGACAUUGUGUGCAUGGUAUCUUCAUGUAAAACCCAUAGACUGAGUUCGUCGCGGCAGGCAUCGAUGUAAGAACAAAGAAGGAAAUAAUCUUAUAUACAAACUUUAAAAUGUUUAACCCACCGCAACGCAUGUAAGAGGCAGUUGCGCUGCAAAAUAUCAAAAAGCUAAAUGUGUUUGGCUCAAUUUCUAAGUAUACUAAGUGAUUUGGCAAAUUAUUUCCUAUACAUAUGUACAAAUUGUCCACGUUUUGUGAAACAAAAUUCUUGUGAUAAGAAUUUCAUAAAUAUGCAUACGCAUUGUUAUAAGAUAGAAUUCCCAUGAUGGGCGUGAAUGAUCAUUUUGGCCCAAGCUUGUUGUUAUAUUUUUAAUUGUCAAACAAAUUACCGCCUAAUAUCGCAUCCAAAUUUUUUGAAAUCUAUUUGGCAUUGCAUAUUUCUGUUUAACAUUUAUCAGCAUGACUUUCGACUUUGUAUAUUUUACAUAUUUUAGUAUUACCCCAACUAUUUUUCCAUUCUUGUUAUGUUUUUAUUGCCAUAAAAAUGUAAAGUAGGAUUUUAUAUUAUUCUACUACCCAAUAAUAUUAUACGAAUAUUUUAAUUUAACGACUACUGCUCAAUAUCUCAUAAUGUGCCAUAUAAGUAAUUUGAUUUGAUGUAACUUUUAAAAGCUUGAGAUAACAUAAUAUAUAAUGUCGAAUGUAA